GGAAGUGGCGGAUUCAUCGUUUCCGAAGAGAUGCAAGAGCUGAUUGACCGCCCUGGCUUUCUUCCUGCGGAUGUCGGAGGAAGUAGAUUACGCUCACUAUACCAGCGAGGCACGGCUAAGCUUGAGCCCCGCCUUCUGAGCGACUUUGCGAAAUGGUGUUUCACGGGAGACCUGCAAGCUAUAAAGCGAGCCAUCGAAGCUGGUGACGCUCCCGAUAUACUGGGAUCAGAAACACCGUAUCAGCACGCCUACGCCACUUUUGUCGUCCGCGGGGCACAAAAUAUCAUAGGCACCGCCAGCAGUACAGACCAGGACCACGCGGCCACACUCAAGUAUCUGCUCGACCUAGGCGCGCCACCCAACAUGCCUGACAUCGUCGGGUAUACCGCGCUCCACCACGCAUGCAACUCGAAUCCUCGCCCGGAGCUCGCACGGAUCUUGCUUGAGGGCGGUGCGGAUCCGAACCAGCAGGACCACUUCGGAAGUGUUCCGCUCAUGGGCGCGUUCCAAAACGACGCGGUGCAGUUGGUGGACUUGCUCAUGGAGCAUGGGGCGAGUCUGGAUAUCAAGGAUGGGGAUGGAGAUACGCCCGACGACUUCUUCAUCAAAGCUGGCCCGUAUAUCACUGCAGCAGUGCAGAAAUGGAAGCGGAGACGGGCGGGGGAAAGGCAGCCAUUGGACGAAAAGGCAUGCUCCAUGUGUGCCAAGACGGACGUCGAGCUCAAGUUCUGCGCCAAGUGCGGCUCGAUCCGGUAUUGCUCCAAGGAGUGCCAAAAAACAGACUGGCCAAGACAUAAGCUGGACUGCGUGGGGUUCAACGCCGAGACAACAGUUACGCUCAAACCUCACUAUGAAGACAUUGGCCGGGUGUUGCCCACGGCGGACGUCCAGCGGCAGAAGUUUGGCUACCCGGUGCCCAAGCAGCCCAAGCGGAACAUGAGGUCGAUGCACAUUCCGAACAUCCGCCCCGGGGAGACGAAGAAGCUGAUCAUCAAGGUACAAGUGCCAUUCGACAUGGACUUGGGAGUGCCGCAGAUUGAGGAGACCGGGGACUUGAUGGUGUUCGACCGGAAACGCAGCCUGGUCUGUAGGAUCCGGCGGCAGGACGACCCAGAGGGGUACCUGCGCAUAUCGAGGGUGAUCCGCGCAAAGGGCGUCGGCGGUGCGAAGGCGUAUUUCUCGGCGGAGAUGGAGCGGACAGACAGGCUGGUCGUGAAGGUGUCGGAGGUGUUGGCAGAGCAAACGUUUUGAAUUGAAGUCGGACCAUGCGCCGUGACUCUCUCAUACCCUGUCGCCAAGAACCCGUUCAUGUUAUCGCAGUCAU